AUGAUUUGGUUGAUCACUAUUGGUUGGUCUGAUACAUCGUUUGUAGAUUUUCUAGUUCGCUGUGAAAACAAUAAAUCGUAUACAAAACUCGAUAUAUAUCGCUGGUUUUUCUCACACAUCAAUGAUAAAAUUUUACAAUUUGACUAUUCAUCAUUAGACAAUAUCGAAGGUGAUCUUGAUCUAUCACAACUGUUUAAUUUAACUAUUGAACAUGAAAAUUUAAAUAUUUUUGAAUACAAGAAUUUUUUGGAUUUAUCGUUAACAGAAAUUGAACAAUUUAUGAGAGAAAAUGGUGAGAAUCAUGGAAUGAUGGUGACAGUGGAACAAGCUCUAGUACAAAACUAUGAAAUUAUUAACGUCGAAGAGAGUUGUAUCAACACUGUUUGGAAGAUAACAUAUCAUCCACGUUUAUUGAUUUGUGCACAAUUGAACGAUAAAAAUAAUUUAUAUGAUAUUCAGUUACUGAGACCCAAUUAUCUUUGGCAAAUUCGUGCAGUAAGUGAAAAACAAGUUUAUCGGUAUUUAUUCAAUCAUUUGGAACAAUUUCAUUUGGAGAAACUUCCAAAAUUAAUGGGUAAAAAUCAACAUGAAUUAUUAGAAAUGAUUGAGUCACCCGAUUACCAACUUCAGAGUGAAAUGAUUAAUACUCAAUGUUGCAAUAUAAAAAGUGAACAUAUUCAUGAUAAAAGUACACAAGACGAACGUUUUGCAAUAUUAAUUGAACCGGCACUUAAUCUAUUGGAUAUUAUCGAUAUGUAA